UUUCUCGGAACAAGAUGCUAAGAGCUGUUACAUGCCGCUAAAAACUCAAUAAAAUUGUCAGCUUUGCUUUCCUCCACAGCAAAUUGUUUAAUUUCAAGCAUUCCAAUGCUAGUUAGACCGGGAGUUCCAACAUUUUCAAAAUCAGCAUGAUUGCUUCCCGAGUUUGACUGGAAAACAGUGUUUUUGUGCGUGCACAAUGAUGUUUAAGAGCAUUGGAACGUUGUUUAUCUUAGCACAUGUAGCGAGGGAAAAUUGUAUAAGUGCUCAGAAGGGUAAUCUGAUGGUUUCCGACCGGCUGGAUAAUGUUACUCAGACCAUAUCCAGGCUUUUGGAAGGUUAUGAUAUCCGACUCAGACCAGAUUUUGGCGGUGAUCCACUUCUGGUUGGUAUGGAUUUGACGAUAGCAAGUUUCGAUGCAAUAUCCGAAGUGAACAUGGACUACACUAUAACGCUCUACCUCAACCAGUACUGGAAAGACGAAAGACUGGCGUUCAGCCACGAAGACGAAGUUUUAACACUAUCCGGCGACUUUGCAGAGAAAAUCUGGGUUCCAGACACUUUUUUCGCCAACGACAAAAACAGCUAUCUGCACGAUGUAACCGAGAGGAACAAAUUGGUGCGUCUAAAUGGCGAUGGAUCAAUUACAUACGGAAUGCGGUUCACCACUACUUUGGCUUGUAUGAUGGAUCUUCAUUAUUAUCCAUUGGACUCGCAGAAUUGUACCGUGGAAAUCGAGAGUUAUGGAUACACUGUGAUGGAUGUGGUGAUGUGUUGGAAAAACCGACCAGUGAGAGGAGUGGAGGAAGCGGAGCUUCCCCAAUUUACCAUUAUUGGGUACGAAACUAACGAUCGAAAGGAGCGGCUUGCGACUGGCAUCUACCAGCGGCUUUCAUUGUCUUUCAAGCUUCAGAGGAACAUCGGCUAUUUCAUAUUCCAAACUUACCUGCCAAGUAUUCUGAUCGUUAUGUUGUCCUGGGUGUCGUUUUGGAUCAACCACGAAGCAACAAGCGCUCGAGUGGCUUUGGGAAUUACAACCGUUCUGACCAUGACAACAAUCAGCACUGGAGUAAGAAGUUCACUGCCUCGGAUCAGCUACGUGAAAGCUAUCGAUAUCUAUCUGGUUAUGUGCUUUGUUUUCGUAUUUGCUGCUCUUCUGGAGUAUGCUGCAGUAAACUACACGUACUGGGGAGCCAGGGCGAAGAAAAAGAGCAAGAAAACCAAAGAAGACGAUCAGAAGACUGGCAAGUUCGUGUCAAGUGGUCUUAACGUUGAUUUUUUUGGUUGGUUUUUAGGGCCCAAAAAAACCAACACUUGUGACCAAACCCAGAAACCCCCGUUGAGGCACGAAGGUAUUAUCGAACUGGAUGAUAUUCGUAUGAGUCCAUUGCCGUCGAUCCGAAACAGGAAGCUUUCCAUUAAGCUGAACGCUCAGGAGCUGGAUUCUUGCAACUUUCCUCCGAGCUUUCGCUAUAGCCGGGCAUCCGGGUACAUGUACACUUGCAGACAAACGCCUGGACUAAGAUUUAGAGGAAAUCCCGUGCACAAGCCCAAAGUUCUGCACGCCAUCAGGAAAGGAGCUCUUGUGCUAAAAUCAGCCAUGCCCAAAAUCAAGGAUGUGAAUUUAAUAGACAAAUACUCCAGGAUAAUAUUUCCGGUCAGUUUUCUGAUCUUCAACACGAUUUAUUGGCUUUUUUAUAUCCUGGAGUGAGAUUCUACGAGAGUUUCUGAACCAAAUUAUUCAAGUAAUGGAACAAAAAUCGUACUUUUCUACGGCAAUUUUGUCUCAAACUAUAUGGGAGCCAUAUAUGCUUGCAAAUUUACCGAUUUCAGACGUUACUAUAGAUAUACAGGGUACAUCUAGAUUCAUUCAAGCUUUUAGAAUAUUUAAAUUCAUUUGUUCCUAAUGGGAAAUUUGCUUUUUGGCACAAUUAUUCUACUAAAAUUAGUAUGAAGAGGUUUAGGAACUAACUGUGUUUAGUAAGGUUGCAAUUAUCUCACUAGGACAUUAAAAUAGUGUAGAACUAUUCCUGAUUGUUUAGAACGUGUAAAGGCCGAGGUUAAAAGAACAGGUUUUGAAAGCUGGAAUUUUCUAAAUAUCUUUUAGUUUGGUUUUUAUUUUUUUUAUCCUGUAAUUCGUGUCAGUG